GAAAAAUAGUUUUAUUUUUCUUGUUUUGUCUUAUUGUUUGUGCCACUGUGUUGUACUUUUUAUGAAUUAGUUGUUGGUGUAUACUGUGUAUGCAAUAAACAACUAUUAUAGCUAUCAAAUGUGUUUUUUAAUUUAGCAUUCCAUUGACCACAAAAGCCAUGUACUUAUAAUUUAAUGUCAUGGACAUUGCCAUCCAAAACAACUACAGUGAAAAGGAUUGUUUCUUCUCAUCUGUAAUGAAAGAUACAAACUUAUGGUAAACAAUAUCGGGCAGCCUGGUGGCCAAAGAUAACAACAGUCUCUCUCUCUCUUGGGCAUCUCAGAACCACAUUAUAUUGUAACUGUUCCAGCUCUUAAAGCAGGAUAGAACCACAAAGAAUGGUGAUGCAUAUCUUCUCUAAUAUAAGUCUAAAGAGUAUGUGCCUUUAGUGCUUUCACAAGAAGUGUUUGCUCUCUAUAUUAUCAUAAUAAAAGUAACUAACUACCAACUAGAUGUAUUUUUAUACAGAGUUUAGGAAAGAAAUAAAAUUGGGUAGACAAUAUGUUUCAUCUAUGUCUCUCUCUCUCAUUGCUCAUUUAUACCUUCUAACAACACUACUAAUCAGAGAAUACUCAUAAGUAUCCCUAUGCCUUCUACAACAAUGUAUGAUACUGACACAUCACUGUUAGUUGUAAGGAAACUAGCUCCUUCUGUACCAACAGUAAUAGUUCUGCACUUAAAAGAUCAUCCUCAAAAUGGCAGGAAAUCAAUUGUGUUCAGACAUAACACCACAAGACUUGUUAAAACUAUGAAUAUUCCCUCUUUUCUCCUAGCUCUUUCCCCGCUACAGUAGAGUACUGAUCAUUAACGUGAUGAGAACUGGAAAGCACAGACCCCUAUAACAUUAUGUGGAGCACAAAGAAAGCACUUAGAUUGUAAACUCCUUAGGGCAGAGACCAUCUUUUUAGUCCAUGUUUGUACACCACCUGGUACAAUAAUAAUAUAAUAGUUUGCAAUUGCACACCACAUAUAAACAUCUAGGCCCAGAUUUUCAAAGCAGCAUAUGUUCCUAACUUCCAUGAAAUCAAUGGAAGUUCCAAGCCUAAAUACCUUUGAGGAUCUGGGCCUUCGAGCCUUCAGCAUUGGCACUGAAAGACAUGAUUUUGAAAGGUUCCAAGGCUUUUUGGCCCAAAUAUAUAAAAUGCAAUAUUCUCAACUCUGAGCUCAGUGUUUGAAUGAGAGAUGGAAUUAGUUUGCUUGCUUUUACUGGUGUUCAUUCUUCUCAGAUAUUGCUACUCCGUCCUUGCAAGUGAUGGCAUUUACCUCCGACUCAUAAAGAUAUUUCUGAAGAGCCAGUUUACUGUCUUUGGAAUGCACCAGAAUGAACUAAACAGCACAUAUUAUCAGAACAGUUCCAAAGGGGCGGAUGGAAUACACCUUGAGUCUCCCGCAAAGGUUUUAUCUUCCUUCUGAAAAUUGCCACAUACAAGAACUGUUUUACUUUGUUUUUUAAAUAUUUUAAUUCACUGCUGGGACACACGAUUCAAAUUAAUACUUGCUGACAGCCGGAAAGGUUGGCCACUAUUUACACUUCAGGAUUUGACAGAGGAAGACUGAUAAUUAAAUAUCCAAAACCUCCACUUCUUGGACAGCUUCCUUUAAUUCUUUCAAAUCUCCUUUGUUUGUAUUUACAAUUACAGUUGAAGAAGUUCAUGUGGACUUAAUUAGGAAAGUCAUUUUGACAAAAAAUAAAAUAGCCAGACAAUAACUUAGUUUCUCAUGACACUUUUCAUAAGAUUCGGGGUUUGCCCAAAUGUUCUUGGGCAAGGUUCCCACUUCCUACCCCUCACAGCGUGGGGAGCUCUAGCUGUGCAUCUGAUCGCAGCUCUCCACCCUAGAAGCAGCUACUUUCCAGAAGGGCAGUAUGUUGAGUUUGUAGAGUGGAAGAAGUGCUCUACAUGAAUGUAAAAUACACAGUAUGGGGCAAGGCGUGUCCAGGAGCAGAUGACCUGUUAUUGGGCCACAUGGUUGGAGGCAGGCAGGCGUGUUUGCACUUUGGUACUAAAGCGAAGGUCUCCCCAGACUGUCCCGGUGCCUCUCUCCCAGCCAGGGGACGGGCAUGGGUGAGCAAGAGAUUACCACUGGGCCCACACAUCUCCUUGAAGAAAGUCACACACAGCACAGAGAGGGAGCCGCUCGCUCCUUGACACUCCCCGCGCAGCAGCAGCAGCAGCAGCAGCCGCCGCCGCCGCCGCCUGAGCCCGUCCGCGCUGGGCAGGGCAAGCGCAGGGUGCGAAGGCGGGUGUGUGUGUCCGCCGCGCGAGGAGCCCGUCCCGGCAACGUCGAACCGCCAGGGCCGCCCGGCAGCCGCCUACUUCACCCUCCCGCCUCCUCCCCGCUGCCCGCGCUUUCCCGCGGCCUCGGCCUCUUUUACGCUAAUUCCGUCAAUCGGUGACGCCAGUUUGCGGGGCUUGGGUGGGGGGGGGGAGGGGGCGCGAGGGACUAGAAAACGUAUCGUUCGUUAGCUUCUACACGGCGUGGAGAGUAACGACCCUACCAGAAUACCCGAGGAAAAGGUUGGAGUAGCCGCCUUGCGCGGCCCUGCUUGUCAGCCAUCUUUGAUUCGGGCAAGGCUCCCCCCGCCAUGCUUUGCGAUCCCCGUGGCUCAGUCCGGAGGGAGGGGGAUGUCCUCCCUGACGCGGAGCCCAGCCAACGCCGCCGAUACAAUACAGUAGCACAGCGUUUCAUCGGCCGCAUUUGCCCGGAUUCAAAAUGGCCCCCGGGCACGUCCACGGGGCGGGGCAAGAGCCAAAUCUCUCGAGAGUGUCCGGGAUUUCCGGCCGCAAGGCCGGAAGCUGCUGCGUGCGAGCAGAGGCGUGAGGAAAGCGAAAUCCGCCUGUUCGCUAGUUCGUGUCAACAGAAGAACCUUGAAGGAUAUGUGGGGUUUGCAAAUCUCCCAAAUCAAGUUUACAGAAAGUCAGUGAAGAGAGGGUUUGAAUUCACACUCAUGGUAGUAGGUGAAUCUGGAUUGGGAAAAUCAACAUUAAUCAACUCAUUAUUCUUAACAGACUUGUAUUCCCCAGACUAUCCAGGUCCUUCGCAUAGAAUUAAAAAGACUGUACAGGUUGAACAGUCAAAAGUUUUAAUCAAAGAAGGUGGUGUUCAGUUACUACUCACAAUAGUUGACACACCAGGAUUUGGAGAUGCAGUGGAUAAUAGCAAUUGUUGGCAGCCUGUUAUUGACUACAUUGACAGUAAGUUUGAAGACUACCUGAAUGCAGAAUCCCGUGUGAAUCGACGUCAGAUGCCAGAUAAUAGGGUGCAGUGUUGUUUAUACUUCAUUGCUCCUUCAGGACAUGGACUUAAGCCUUUAGAUAUUGAGUUUAUGAAGCGCCUGCAUGAAAAAGUCAAUAUCAUUCCACUUAUUGCCAAAGCAGACACACUUACACCUGAGGAAUGCCAACAAUUUAAAAAACAGAUUAUGAAAGAAAUCCAAGAGCACAAAAUUAAAAUAUACGAAUUUCCAGAAACAGAUGAUGAAGAAGAGAAUAAGCUGGUUAAAAAGAUAAAGGACCGUUUACCUCUUGCUGUGGUAGGUAGUAAUACGAUCAUUGAAGUCAAUGGCAAGAGAGUCAGAGGAAGGCAAUAUCCUUGGGGUGUUGCAGAAGUUGAAAAUGGUGAACACUGUGACUUCACAAUUCUAAGGAACAUGUUGAUAAGAACUCACAUGCAGGACCUGAAGGAUGUCACUAACAAUGUACACUAUGAGAACUACAGGAGCAGAAAACUGGCAGCUGUUACGUACAAUGGAGUUGACAACAACAAAAACAAAGGGCAGCUAACUAAAUUUGACACAGUUGAAGGCAUGAGCCCUCUGGCACAGAUGGAAGAAGAGAGAAGAGAACAUGUGGCCAAAAUGAAAAAAAUGGAGAUGGAAAUGGAGCAGGUCUUUGAGAUGAAGGUCAAAGAAAAAGUUCAGAAACUGAAGGACUCUGAAGCCGAGCUCCAACGACGCCAUGAGCAAAUGAAAAAGAACUUGGAGGCGCAGCACAAAGAAUUAGAGGAAAAGCGCCGCCAGUUUGAGGAUGAGAAAGCAAACUGGGAAACUCAACAGCGUAUUUUGGAACAACAGAAUUCUUCCAGAACCUUGGAAAAGAACAAGAAGAAAGGGAAGAUCUUUUAAAUACAUCUAUUGACCACCAGUUCUGUAUUAGUUGCCAAUAUGCCAGCCUGGACAUCAGUGUUCGUUGGAUCCGUUUGACCAGUUUUGCACCAGUUGUAUCCAUAACGAUGGAUUUAACAGCAUGACCAAUUUUUUGUUAAUUUUGAUGGAGAUUGAGAUGCCUUGAAUUGUCUAGGAUGUUGUGUACUUGGAAAAAUAACAGCUCUAAGUACCUUUUCCUUUUUUUCUUUUUAAAACAGAUGUCAUUUAACGCAAAAGAAAACAUUUUACUGUUGUACAAUCAUGUUCUGGUGGUUUUUUGUUUACAAGAUAUUCCAAAAUACAAGGACUCUGGAAGGUUUUCAGUGAGGAUAAAUUGCCAUAAUAUGAUACAAACUAUGCUUCUCUAUUAUAAUACAAGAAUUCCAUUCAGUGCAGCAUAUACAAUAAUGUAAUUUAGUCUAACACAGUUGACCCUAUUUUUUGACACUUCCAUUGUUUAAAAAUACACAUGGAAAAACAAACUUAUAGGCUUACAAUGCACCUAAAGCUUUUUAUAACAACCCUUCUUUGUUUUGGAUUCUUUAAAUAUAUACUAUCCUCAUUUACUAACUUCUUUAGCCAGAAGAAUUUCAUUACUGCUUCAUUUUUGUAAUAACAUUUAAUUUAGAUAUUUUUCCAUAUAUUGGCCCUGCUAAAUAGAAUGUAGCUUCUUUCAUAUGGUAGGAACCAGUGACUAAAUCUUUCCUUUAACUCCCUUUUUACAUUUUAUGGUAAAUAGCAGGAAAAUGCAUUUAUAGGUCAUUUUUAGGCAAAAUUGUGGAGUUAACUACCCACCUGUUUCUACCUGUGUGCAGUCUUUCUUUAUUUUACUAGAAAUGGGAAUCAUGGCCUCUUGUGAAAAAGUCAACAUUUUGCAUUUAGCUGUAUUCAUAUACUGCAUUUCUGUAUUUUUGUUUGUAUUGUAAAAAGUCACAUAAUAAACAAUGUUGUGAUGUAA